UAUGUCCAGCUACCACCUGUGUACUCGACAUGAGAGCACAGUGGUGAGUAAAGUGUUGUCCUAUAAGAUCUCUUAUACGGUCAGGAGGUCAUGUUGCGGCUGGCUACCCUGGAAGAUGUGUGAGGUCACUGUUUACAAAAAGGCCUAUCGGACUGAGUACAUGAAUGUCACCAAAGACGUUUUGAGGUGUUGUGAUGGCUAUGAACAAGUGGGCAGCUACUGUGCUUUAUGCGGUAGAGGCUGGUGCUUUCACGUCACUGUGACAGUGAAGACAGAUUACCAGCKGCUGAUAUCCAUGGACGGGGGAAUCCUGAACCACACAAGGCUGCUGCACUCUGUGGUGACUGGAGCGCUGGACUCUUAUGACGUCUCUGUAUACUAUAUCAGCUCCUGGCCUAUAUGGCCAUUUAGAACCUCCUCCUCUCUGCUGAUUAGUUCCCCUGAAAUGCUGUCCCUGUCCAACACGACCACAAAGCUGCACCUUCUUCUCAUACACAUUGAAGAAGUCACCUCGGUGUCAGUUGAAGACAUGAAUGAGUGUAGCCAUGCCGCUCUCAGCAGCUGCUCACGUCAGGCAGACUGUACCAACACAGAGGGCUCCUACAGCUGCACCUGCCAUCCAGGAUUAAUUGAUCUCAACCCCAACAACAAAGGGGUACACUGCCAAGCUGCUGACCCUGUGACCUCACCCAUGCCCAGUAAUGCCACUCAUAUGUUCUGGUGGGCCAAUGCUACAGAGUUGCCACCCAACAGCACCAGCUAUCAGUCCCAGGUCUCCAGCUUCACUGAUACCCCAACAGCUAUAGCUACAACCACAGACAGGAGCAUGAUGCUGAGCUCGACCCAUAUACAUGCUACCACACAUAACCCAGUUAAAGCCAGCUCCAACAGGUCUGAGACCAGUACCGCAGUGAUACCCUCGAGUACUGUAUUGACCUCCAGCAGGCCUGAAAUCAGUACAGCUCUCACAUCCUGGAGUAGUUCCACCUCACUCCAGCAUACCACUAACCCCAACUCUCCAACCCCAACCCUCUCCACCUCGGCCCCCUCUGUACCGGCAUGGCAGACACAUCACCAGCAGACCAGCACUAUGCCACAAACCAGCCUUGAGCCCACUCUGGUGGUGUCCCUGAGUGUAUCACCACCAUCUCCAUCAACAUGCAACCCCGCCCCCAUCACCAACCUGCAGGCUUCCAACGUCACUGGCUCCUCCUUCUGCGUGUCCUGGAUGACUGGCCAAUCCCAGAGCGGGUUUAGCUUUCUGGUGGUGCUGAUGGAGGGGUCAAAGGUCAGGGGACGCUGGGAGACGGGGCUGUCAGUCUGGGAGGUGACAUUGUUGAAGCCUGGGGUUCUCUACAACGUUACUGUCAUUUCCUGUCCCCAUGGGAGCCAGGGGGCCAGCCUGCUGCUGCUGGUUAAGACUGCUGCACAGACACUUGGAGCAACAGCUCACCUGACCAAUGUGCAGUUCACUGAUGCCCUGCUGGACCCUACUAGCCAGGCGUAUCAGAAUCUUAGUCGUAGUAUUAUGGAAGAGAUCCUCCAGUCUCUCCCUCCUGAUAUUCUGGCCCUGGUAAACUCAGGAGAUGUGAGGGUUCAGAUCACAGGCCUGGCCCCUGGCAGUGUAGUAGUGAACUUCACCAUCAUCUUCACACCCAGUCAGUCCCAGGACAUCCUGAAAGUGUCCUCUGCUCUGAUGCAGGCCCUACAGAACAGCUCCAGAUACACAGUUGACAGCAACAACACCAGCAUAAAUGAUGUUGAUGAGUGCAGUACAGGGGACAUGGACUGCUCCCCAUGGGCCCARUGCACUAACACCUGGGGCUCCUACAGCUGUCUCUGUCUGGAUGGAUUCACGGACUCUAACCCCUCUAGGCCGGGACGGGUCUGUUCAGCUCCUUUGACCACAACCACACCUAUGUCCACAACCACACCUAUGUCCACAACCACACCUAUAUCCGCAACCACACCUAUGUCCACAACCACACCUAUAUCCGCAACCACACCUAUGUCCGCAACCACAACAAACACUCCCGUUACAACCAGCAAUACAGUGUCAACCACUACCACCUACAAUACAACCUCAAUUACAUCCAACAAUACAGAUGCAGCUGCAAUGAACGCAACAGUUACAACCACUGUCAACAAUACAGUUAGAAUCAACAACACAGUUUCAACCAAAACUCCAGUCACAAUCACAACCAUGGCGCCAGUUACAACCUCAACCAUCACUGAAGUUCCUACAAAAAUGACCAGCGGUCUCAUCAAAACCAGUCUGCAGCCUGAGACUCCUACAUCUCUGGCUCCUCUGGUCUCUUAUACGGAAGCCAUCUCAGUGGAGUGCAGGGCCAGUGCCAUCACGGUGACAGUGGCCAGGGACUUCCUGUGGUCGGGGCACAUUGGGGACUCUUCCCUGUUCCUAGGGAGACAGGAGUGUGGCGUGAACGGAGGGAACAGUAGCCACGUCCAGCUGACGGUGGCUUGGGACGAGUGUAACACACAGCUCUUAUAUAACAGCACUCACUACACUGCUCAGGUGAAUCUGUACAACUCUAUGAGCUCUCAGCUCUUGCCUGACGACACUACAAGGGUUCCCACAGUACGGCUGAAGGUCCCCAUCAUGUGUACCUUCAGGAGGAGCAUCAUCAUCUCCUCUGGUUACAGCACCACAGGGUAUGAUAUGAUCAAUGAUGCUGUCAUGGGCUCAGGGACGUUCUACGUGACAUUUCAGCUCCUGAAUGGAAUGUCACCCCUCCCCCAGAACUACAGCCUGUCUCCUGAGGAGGAUGUUGUGGUCGAGGUCAGCGUUGACUCCACGGUUGCCCAGAUCAAAGUGGUCAUCAACAAGUGCUGGGCCACCCAGAGCAGCAACCCCUUAGAACCAACAACCUAUGUUUUUCUGGAAAACAGCUGUCCCCUCCCAAACACAUACACCACAGUCGUGGAGAACGGCAACUCCAGCAAGUCUCGCCUGUCUCUUCGCAUCUUCUCCUACAUUAACCUGAAUGUCAUCUACCUGCACUGCCAGAUUCAGAUCUGUAUCGAGACUGGCUCGGCCACCUGCCAGCCUGAUUGCUUUGGGCGGAGAGAAAGAUUCUCCAAUCUAAUUGGAACAGCAAAAUCAUCCUGUGGACCAUUGCUUCGAUCACACAAAGGUAAAGUAAAUKCUCUUCAAAGUGUGACUGCAUCAAAAAAAGCUAUACUGUGA